AUGAACAAGGUCUUCUCCCCCGCUCUUUUCGCCGGCCGAGUUAAUAUCGUCACUGGUGGCGGGACCGGAAUUGGCUUUGGAAUCGCAAAGGGACUUCUUCAAUCUGGCAGUAAUGUGGUCAUCGCUUCUCGAUCGAAAGAAAAGAUUGAAAACGCGGCGAAAGAAUUGAAGGAAUACUCGACGAACGGGGCAGAGAUUCUAGGGCUCAGCUGCGAUAUUCGAAAUAGAGAGAACUGCGCGGAAAUGGUAGAAGAAACUAUCAAGCAUUUCGGUCGGCUGGAUGGAUUGUGUAACAACGGGGGCGGACAAUUCCAAGCCAAAGCUCAUACAAUUUCUGAAAACGGAUUCGACGCUGUUGUGAAGACGAAUCUCUACGGCCCGUGGAAUAUGAUGCAGGAAGCGUAUGAUCAAUACAUGAGCGAGAAUGGAGGCCAUAUUGUCAACAUCGUGACGACGAAUCGAACUGGAAUGGCUGGAUUGAGCCAUACUUCUGCUGCUCGAGCUGGGGUCAAGUCGCUUUCUCAAAGCAUAGGUCUGGAAUGGGCGAGAAAAGGAAUAACAAUCAACAACAUCGGCCCUGGUGUCGUUACUUCACCGACGGCCAUGGCAAACUACGGUCCUCUUGGAGAAAUGAUGUUUGGCAACACAGAGAAGAUCAUUCCAGCUGGAAUGCUCGGCCAAGUUGAUGAGCAUCUCGUCGCUCCGACCAUGUUCUUUCUUUCUCCUGCUUGUAAAUAUGUUACAGGCCAAACGAUAGAUGUCUGCGGAGGACUUUCUUUGUUCAACAAUCAUGCCUUGCAAUACAUGGAAAUAACUGGACAACUGGAUGCUGACGAAGCCACUGAUUAA